AUGGGAGGAGAGAGAGGUAUGUUCUCCGGGCAAGCAUUCCCAAAAGCUCUCUAGCAAUUCUAGUUUAUUCAAACUUCACAAAUGAUAUCGCACUUUUCGUAAUGAACAUCCUGGGCGGUACUCCGACGAUUUAUUACACCAAGCCAGACUCUAGAGCCGGGAAGAGAAGAAGAAGAGAGAUUGGUCAAUUUAGUGUGUACUUGUGUUGCAGCUGACUCAUUUUCGUAUCAUCGAUCGGUUUACGACGAACACGCAGGGGAACGACGGCCGCUUGUAGACAACCUGCAAUCCCGAUACAGUUCAGAGAGUUACCGACCACACAGACCAUAUAGGUGUCCCGGUGAUUACGGGGUAAGCUUGAUGAAAUGGGUAGUCAAAUAAACCAUUUUAUCAGAUGGAAAAGAACAAGGCGGAUCCUCGGACAGCUCCCGAAGGACACCCUUCAUUUCAUCAGAAUCCGCUCACCACCAACAGUCCCCUUGUUCUCUCUGAUGACGAGGAAGAUUCCAUCAAUUGUUCUCCGUGCUGCGAUAACCCGAAUAUCAGGUUCGGGUUACCUUAUCAAAUCGCUCCCCACCGAGCUUCGUAAUCACCCCCUAGGGUGAUUACGAAGCCUGGAAAUCCUGGAAUCACCCGAAGGAAAGAAAGAAAUGGACAGACUCGCUUUUUACUAAAUAAGAAUGAUGAUGAUGAUUUGUAUCUUGGUUUGUCCGCACACGCUUUCAUUUCUAGAACUGAAAAAGAUGUGGACAUUCGAACGGUUUUGCAAAGCAAUAAAGCGGUGCGGGCCCAGGUUCGAAGUCUUGUAAAGUAUUAUGAUUUGGAAUCUGGGCGAAAGCCAAACAAAUGGAAUGUCUUUCGAUUAUUAUAGGGGCACCGCACAGAAAUGGCGCUCUAUUCAGAAACUCUUUUUGCAGUGCAAAUUGAGCGACCUCGGGGCCGAGUUUGAAAAGUUAGGCCACGUUUUCAGUGGAAAAACACUUCGCGGCCUAGAAGUUCGGCCAGAUUGCGAACAGAACGCCAUUUCUGUGAGAUGCCCCUAUAAUAUCUGUGAAAAUAUCGUGAACAGAGUUGAGCGGAAUAGGUUUUUUGUAAAAGCGGAAAGCGGAGGCGGAAUUCAAAAUUUUUGGCGGAAGGCGAAAGCGGAGGCAGAAUUCAAAUUUGUUUGGCGGAAGGCGGAGGACGGAGGCGGGAUCAGAAAAGUGUCAGAGGCGUAAGGCGGAAAGCGGAAGGCGGACUCAGGUAAAUCGUUUCUAAUCUAGCAUUCGAGUUUCUAACCGGACCUAGUUUGAUUGCUAAUUUACUGCGACUAUUAUAGGGGCACCGGACAGAAAGGGCGCGCUGUUCGCAAUCUGGCCGAAUUUCUAGGCCGCGAAGUAUUUUUCCACUGAAAACGUGGCCUAAAUUAUCAAACUCGGCCCGAGGUCGCUCAAUUUGCACUGCAAAAAGAGUUUCUCAACAGAGCGCCAUUUCUGUGCGGUGCCCCUAUAAUAGAUUGCAAAUUCGUCUAACUAGACUGAUAAAUUUUCUAAUUAGAUUGGCGAAGCUAAUCGGAUUGCUAAUACACUGCUAUUAAAUUCAAAAUUUAUCUAAUUAGAUUAACAUUUCGGUCAAACCUAGCUAGAUUAUGCUUAGAUUGCAAAAUCAGCUAGCUAGAUUCAGAAAUCUUUAGCAAUCUAACUAGGUCCGGUUAGAAACGAGAACUAGCUAGUUAGAUUAGAAACGAUUUGCCUGAGGAAUUCCGCUCAACUCUGAUCGUGAACAAUUGAAAACAAAACGUUUUUCAAAAAGACGCUCGCUGCGAGACCCUCCAAAGAGCUGUGUGAUGCGCUCUGAUAGUGAGCAAGGUAAAAUUGACCAUAAAACCCCCGUAUUUUUUUCCCUAGUACUCUCAAACGGUUUGUGCUACUGAUUAUUUCUCGUAGUCUGUGCGAUUGAAUGUCUGCGUCUCUUCACUGUGCACUGCUGCCGUUGAUAAAAAAGACAUCAAAGUAUAAGUGGGAGCUUUGGAACUACAGUGUGCUGUCACCAAAUGCUUAAAAACUCGGCAGAGAUACGGUACUUUCUUUAUGGAGCUUUGCUGAAAAUCUUUUUGAGAGAAACAAGAAAAUUGCAUGACUUCCCAUGUUUGGCAUCAUCUUCUUGUGCAAAUAUGGUUUUUCAGCAGAACAUUCAAAGCGCUACUUCUCGGUCAAAUUCUUUCGUUGUGUCUUUGUGGAACAGGCGUAUCUAGUCAACUUUUAGUGGACAGGAACAUUCAUGCACCAGCUGGUAAGGAAAAUUCCACGAAGAUUAAUUGUACAAAUAUUACAGCUCAAUCUUUUACCAAUUACUUCUUACUCUGUUUUGUCUAUUGCAUUUCAUUAGCAUGUAAGCCAGAUGAAAAAGGAUUGGUAUAUGUGCUACGCAAACGAGGAUGGAGGUACCUUAUACUGGCCGUUAUUGAUGUUGAGGCUAACUUCAUGAUUGUAAAGGCUUACCAGUACACAAAUUUGACAUCAGUCCAGGUAAGGGUUUCUUCAUAAUUCCACCAUACUACAUGUUUUCAGCUUCUGGAUUGCGCUACCAUCCCAACUGUUUUAUUCCUCUCUUGGUUGUUUCUGUCGGUUCGAUACUUGGCUUCUCAUGUCAUCGGUGAGAAUGAACUAGCUUCUGAAACUCUCAGUUUUAUUCAGGUGUUACCAUUUGUCUAAUAGGAAUUGCUUGCGUCAUUUGGGCUGAUGCAUUGGGAGACAAAGGUGCUCUGGAUGGCGGGUCUAACAAAGUUCUAGGAGACGUUUUAUGCCUGGCUGCAGCCAUGCUGUAUGCAGUCUGCAACGUGGCCGAAGAGUUUUUAGUGAAACAAUAUUCUCGGACAGAGUAUCUUGGAUUGCUCGGUCUUUUCGGUUGCAUCGUUUCUGGUGUACAGACGUAAGUCUUAAAAAUUGUUUGUUAGACAAUUCAGAAGUUCAGCGCCGUAUUCGAGCAAGAAGCACUUUCUAAAGUGAUAUGGGAUGGAGUAACAGUGUCCUACUUUCUUCUGUUUGCUGCGUCGAUGUUCAUAUUUUAUUCGCUUGUAACUGUCGUUCUCGAGAAAACUUCUGCACUGAUGUUCAAUUUGUCCACACUAACCGCAGAUUUUUACUCUUUACUGUUUGGAAUUUUUAUGUUCAAAGAUACCGUAAGUGAAACGGUUGAGAACGAACUCACGGAAAAUUUUUCAGUUCCACUAUUUGUAUUUCCUAUCAUUCAUAAUCUGCAUUAUUGGAUCUAUAAUUUUCUCCAUGAAGGAGACCCAGGUUCGCGAUGCAGAUGAACCUAGACGAGUCUGCCCCUGUCUUUUUCUCUGCUGUUGUUGUUGUGGGUGUUGUUUUGAAGACGGUGAUAGUACAGAAGGAUCCAUUGAUGUAAGCUAUCCGUGCGCGGUUUUUACUGAAUAAAUUAUUUUCAGGUAUCACCAUCCCCAAACGAGAGAAUGCAGAUGGGUUUGAACCCACGCAAUUCCAAUUCCGCUUGUCCUGUGCAUGGUAACCAACUUUCCCGGUUAUAGUCAAUAUUGCAGUCGCAAAAGUCUUUCAGUCGCGCACUGCCGCUCUCCACGUGAAAUCAGUGCUGAAUUAUGGAGUUAUUCAGGCUGUGAAAAGAAUUAUUUUUUCCCGUUUUUUCGUUUUUUACGUCCGAAAAUCCAAUUCAGCUAUGUAA